GCUCAACCAUUGUUUUCAAAGCAAGUCGUUGGUCUUGCGCAAUGGAGAAGAUUUGCUUGUUAAUUCUCACAGUACCUUGCUGGGCGUCCACUCGGCCGCACAUUAUCCACAUCCUGGCGGAUGAUAUGGGCUGGGCAGAAGUGGGCUACCAUCGUGAGGACGAUGGUGAUGUCAAAACGCCCCGCAUCGAUGCACUGGCGAGGUCUGGCAUUGAGCUAGAUCGCUUCUACAGCUACCAGUUCUGCUCACCGGCCCGAAGCGCCAUCCAAACGGGUCGCAACCCGGUCCAUGUGAAUGUGCAGAACGUGAAGCCGGAGUGUGUGAACUCCAAGGAUCAGGAGGGUGGCUUUCAGGGGAUCCCCAUCAACAUGACCGGCAUCGCAAGCCUUCUAAAGCGUGGAGGCUAUCGAACCCACAUGGUGGGAAAGUGGGAUGUCGGCAUGGCAACAGCUGCUCAUCAUCCGAGGGCCCGAGGAUAUGAAAGCUGGUUUGGAUAUUGGCAUCAUACCAAUGACUAUUGGCAACACACAGAGGGCAUGUGCGGUCUCAAGAAGAUGCGCGAUCUUUGGAUCUUCAACGCCAGCUAUGAUGGACCAGCAUAUCACCUGCAGAAUGGCCCGUCUUGCUCUCAAGAAAAUCAGAACCCUGUCAAUGAGACCUGUGUCUUCGAAGAAGCACUCUUCGCAGAGGCCGCAAAAUCUGUGAUCCGAAACCACAACGUUGCUGAGCCGCUGUUCCUCUUCUGGGCACUGCACCUGGUGCAUAUGCCGCUGCAAAUUCCAGAAGCCUACGAGAAAAAGUUUUCGUUCAUCAAGGAGAAGCACCGCCGGCUGAUGCACGCCAUGGUGAACUUCAUGGAUGAUGAAAUUGGAGAGGUGGUUGAUCUCCUCAAGGAGAGAGGUAUGUGGAACAACAGCUUAGUUGUGUUCCACAGCGACAAUGGCGGAGAAAUCAUGGCCAAAGGCAUUUGUGGUGGAAACAACUGGCCCCUGCGAGGAGGCAAGUUCUCUAACUUCGAAGGUGGCAUUCGCGUUAAUGCCUUUGUCAACGGCGGCUACGUGCCACCAGGACGUCGUGGCAGCAAGUUAGAGGGCUUCGUGACGGCCUGGGACUGGUAUGCCACCUAUGCAGGCCUGGCUGGUGUCGAUGCAGAAGAUCACCAAGCGAAAGCUGCUGGCUUACCACCCCACGACUCCUUGGAUGUUUGGCCCUGGCUCUCCGGGGUGACGGCUUCGUCGCCACGUGAUGAAGUCAUUGUCGGCGAGACCUCCUCACAAACCCCCAACGGUGACGGACAAACCUUUGUGGGCGGCGUCAUCCGUGGGAGGUACAAGCUCCUGGUGGGGGUGGACGCGCGAAAGUGGAACACUUUGUAUCUCACUGAGAGGGUGAGUCAGAAUGUCAUGACAGGUCCCAAAUGGCCCAACAGCAGCAGCCACCUUGCGCCCCUUUUACACCCACGGAAGUGUGGCCGCACACCUGAAGAAGGAUGCCUUUUUGAUGUCUUCGCAGAUCCUGGCGAAGACACGUCGCUUGCUGCGUCUCAGCCGGAUAUUUUCAAAUUUCUCCUGAAGCGUGUAGACGAGCUGCAGCGCAGCGUCUACUCGCCUGACCGAGGGCCUGAGGAUCAUGGCGCAUGCAAGAAGGCAAAGCAGGAGUACCACGGUUACUGGGGACCUUGGCUUGAAGUUCCCCAGCAGCCAGCGACUGAAGCGUUGGUGGUUUGACCGAUGCCAUUUGAUUGAAAAU